GCUGCUAUCCAAACACGUCGACAUGGAGAAGAUAAACAGAAAAGUAGCACAGUCUCUGCUGACGUUGUGUUCAUCUGGAUUGGACGUGUGAAUGUUUGUUCAGCGCCGCGCUGCGUGCCACCUUUCUUACAUCAGUUAACGCUUAAUUGAAGCUACAUUGCUAAGGGGAAAGCUAAUGGUCGUGACAACAUGGACAGUGGCCUGAGUCCCCAGGAUAAAAAAGACUUGGACAAGUUCAUUAAGUUCUUUGCUUUAAAGACCGUCCAAGUGAUUGUCCAAGCUCGUCUUGGAGAGAAGAUCUGCACCCGCUCGUCCUCGUCGCCUACUGGCUCUGACUGGUUUAAUUUGGCCAUCAAAGACAUCCCAGAGGUGACCCAUGAAGCCAAGAAGGCACUGGCUGGCCAACUUCCAGGCAUCGGACGCUCCAUGUGUGUGGAGAUCUCCCUUAAGACGUCAGAGGGUGACUCGAUGGAGUUAGAGACCUGGUGCCUGGAGAUGAAUGAAAAGUGUGAUAAGGACAUCAAGGUGUCAUACACAGUCUACAACCGUCUGUCUGUCCUCCUGAAGUCUCUGCUGGCCAUCACCAGAGUAACACCUGCCUAUAAACUAUCCAGAAAGCAGGGACAUGACUAUGUCAUAUUGUACAGGAUUUACUUCGGAGAAGUUCAGCUGAGUGGAUUAGGAGAAGGUUUUCAGACAGUGCGUGUUGGCGUUGUUGGCACCCCUGUCGGCACAGUCACACUUUCAUGUGCUUACCGCACCAACCUGGCAUUCAUGUCCAACAGACAGUUUGAGAGGUCAGCUCCGAUCAUGGGGAUCAUCGUGGAUCACUUUGUGGAUCCCCCCUGCAGCAGCCAGCGCCCUGCAAACAUGGGACAUCCCUGCAACUACAGAGCUCCAGAUGAGGAGGACGGAUAUGCAGGAGUUCAGGAUUCCCAGGAGGUCUGCACCACCUCCUUCUCCACCUCCCCUCCCUCACAGUGUGUGUGUACACUGAGUCCUUCGCCCUCUAAACUGUCUAAGCCCCUCCCGCUGGACAGUCUGCCGCUUCCAUUGGCUCCCGGACUUGUCACUCACACUCUGUAUGCUUCCAGGUUAUCAUAUCAGCCUCCAGCUCUAGCAGGAGCUGCUGAGCUUUGUCACCCUGCUGCCAAUCCAAACCAGGCGUUGCAUGCUGGGAAGGAACACGGAGGGGUUGUGUUGGUUCCCACUCAGCCUUCUCAUGCAGCCGACGCUCAUCUGACAGUCGAGCAAGCCGCCAACACACCUGGCGGCAGUGGUGACGAUGACGGCCUGUCGCACAGUGGAGAAAGACGGAGGGAGGAAGUGAGGAGGAGUGUUUCUCCCUCUGACCCUGUGGAGUCUCUCAAUGCGUUCACAAGGAAAAUCGGAGCCUUUGUCAAUAAACCCAACACGCAGAUAACAGCAGCCAGUCUGGACCUGCCAUUUGCUGAAUUUGCUCCUCGAGGCCUAGACUCAGAGGAGAAUGAUCCCAUGGUGCAGCCUCCAGACUCUCCUCCUUGCCCGUCACCUCUGCAGGCCAGCCUCCAUUCUCAGGGCUCAGAGGGAUCGGGGCAGCAGGACGACUUUGUCAUGGUCGACUUUCGUCCAGCCUUCUCUAAAGACGACUUGUUGCCGAUGGAUCUGGGCACUUUCUACAGAGAGUUUCAAAACCCUCCUCAACUGGCCAGCCUCUCACUACACAUCAGCUCCCAGUCGAUGGCCGACGACCUGGACUCGCUGCCGGAGAAACUGGCCGUGUAUGAGAAAAACAUCGAUGAGUUUGACGCUUUUGUGGACAUGCUCCAAUAGGGGAGGAGCGAAGAAAGGAGUACUACAUGUGAGAAAAGACUUAAUGGAUGGUGGCAAAUGACACUGAAAAAAAAAAGGAAUGAAAGGAAGACGCAGACUGAAGGCUCUGUAAUCGUUUGUCCUGUGAGAAUCAGACUAAAUCACCAUAUUUCAAUGUGAAGCUCCUCAUCUCUGACAUCACCCUCCCUUACCUCCCUGUCAGGCACGUUCACCUCGCUUACCAGCUUGUACAGAUCACUGUAAAUACUGUAUUAUCUCUGACACUGACAUACACCCCUCUCUGGUCUGGUAGUGUUAAUUUAACUAUUAUUUUCUAUGUGGCGCAAAUCUGCUCUAGUCGUCAGUGUUUAAUCAGGAUUUCAAUCAAUUCUGUCACUUUAGACAGCCAUGCAAUUCAAGGACAUACUACCUGCACUUUUUGUAAACCGUAGCUCACUAUAAAUGAUCCACCCUUCCUCCCUGCUGAACACUACUGAAAGUUUCCUCGACAUGAUGGCCUGUCUGAUCAUAUCGGAGGUGAAAGAUCAGUGAAAGUUCUUCAAAUCUUGAAAAGCUAGUCAAAUAAACUGCACUUAGCCUCACAGCGGAUGCUAGUCCUUUGCAAACAAGACGUGUUGUGUUCAAGAAAUGUCCUGCUUUACGUUCUCAACAUCGACAAGUAGCAGUUGAGUGUUGCUCAGAGGCAUCUUGGAAGUGAAAAGCCUGUCAUUCAUUUAACCUAGCCAGGUGUUCCCAGCUGGUCUGGGUAUAUAAACUGCCAACUUCAAUGUUUGCAAACGGGCCCCGAUGGAAUCUACCGUGAUUUAAAUUCUCUCCUUGUAUGUACAGAAAGCACAUUUCUCCAUGCUGAAUCAACUUGUGGAACUACACUCUGAUGCCAGUUUAUAGUAUUAGACUGCAUUAGUUAUAGCUACCUAACAGACCGGCACCUGAGCGUAUUUACUAUAGGCUGAACAACAUGCAUAUGUAUAUUUUGGGGGGUUUGUAAAGGUCGGAUAAACAUUUCCAGCUGUCCACAGAAGGGGCCGGGGUCACCAUCCAUGACUGUUCGAGUUUGGUUGAAAGCUUUAAUUUAAACUUUUCUUUGCUGUUGGUCUAGAUGUCCUAAUAAAGCAUGGCUGCUCUGUUGAAACAACCGAUGUCUGUCAAGUGCCUGGAGCCAAACAAACAGGUAAAGAGGUUCAUGUGUACAACGUCAGACCAGGUGUAGACAGUUUUAUAGAGGUAGCUGCACAUGGAUGGUGGAUGUAAAAUAUAAGGAGACGAACCCUACACACUGAAGCACUGCUGGUGGAGGUUGGUUGCCAGUUUCACUGAUGGUGUCUUCACAGUGGUGUCAUAAUGUUAGUCAAAAGCACAUUUAUAAAUUGAAAUAAUGAGAGAUGAAUUUCAUUAUUUUUAUUUACAUUUCAGCUAUAAUUUCUCCGUGUUAAUCUUUAUGCCUCCACGCCUGCGAUAGCUGUGACCGGAGGCAUUAUGUUUUCGGGUUGUCCGUCCAUACAUACAAACGUACGUACGCCCCGUCCUUGUGAGCGCGAUAUCUCAAAUGUCUUGAGGGAAUUUCUUCAAAUUUGGCACAAACUGGACACAGCGAUGAACUGAUUAGUUUUUGGUGGUCAUAGGUGAAAGGUCAAGCUUACUGUGACCUUGUCCGUCUCAUUCUUGUGAACGUGAUAUCUCAAGAACACCUUGAGGGAAUUUCUUCAAUGUGGCACAGAUGUUCACUUGGACUUACUGUAGCGAUGAAUUGAUUAGAUUUUGGUGGUCAAAGGUCCAAAGUCAAGGUUGGUGUGACCUUACAUCCAUCUCAUUCUUGUGAACGCAAUACCUCAAGAACAACUUCAGGCAUCUGUCACAAGAAUGAUAGAUGAGGUCACGGUCUAUGUGACCUCAUCUAUCAUUAUUGUGACAGUGAUAUCUCAAGAAUACCUUGAGGGGUUUUCUUUAAAUUUGGCACAAACGUUCACUUUGACUCAACAAUGAGCUCAUUAAACUGUGACCUCAUCAGUCUCAUUCUUAUGAACGCAAUAUCUCAACAGCUUGAGGGAAUUUUUUUUUUUCCAACUUUGGACUCAAUGACGAACUCAUUAGAUUUUGGUGGUCAAAGGUCAAGGCCUUUGUGACCCCAUUUGUCUUAUUCUUGUGAAUGUGAUAUCUCAGGAACACCUUAAGGGAAUUUCUUUGAGGGAAUUUUUAAAAGUUGGCAUAGAGGUCCACUCAGACUGGAAAAUAAAUUGAUUAGAAUUUGGGGGUCAAAGGUCACUGUGACCUCACAUAACAUGUUUUUUGCCAUAACUCGAGAAUUCAUUUGUAAAUAAUGGCAACAUUUCACACCCAUGUGAAACGAGGAUAAAAUGAAGACUUUUUAUAUCCAGAAGGUCAAAGGUCGACUUCACUGUGACAUCAUAUUUUGCAGAAACAUCUUUCUGGCCAUCUUUAAACGCUGUAACUGGGGAACAGAGGAGACAUUCGGUCAGAUACUGAACUGGCGAAGCAUAGUCAAUUGUCACAGCUACAAGUUUGAGUCCUUUCCUGAGAAGUCCAUCACAGGAUCACUGUGACAAGCUAUUAGGGGUGAGCAAGUACACUCUUAGCUGUAUCUGUGUCUGUAUCUGUCCAACUAACUAAAUUGUCUGUAUCUGUAUAUGUACUCGGAAUGGCCACUGUUUCAGCUGAAGUGGGUGGGAUUUAACCAGAAGUUAUUUUAAGCCUGAAAUUGAUAUAGGUUGAUCAGAAGGUGCUAUACUUAUUACUGAUCUCAAAAUAAUUAGAAAAAAAAAAAAAUGUCUGAAUUGAGCUUCAGAUCAUUUUUAUUCUCAAGAGUAAGAGACUGAACACAGCUACCCAAAUCAAGACUCUCCAUCACAAGUACCUAUAUGGACACGUUUUACUCGUACGAUACUAAAAAGUUCGUUUCAUCUGAGUUCUCAGCUCAGUCCUAUAAGCUCUAUCAGUCAUCUGUCCUUCUCUGAAAAAACUGUGUCCAAGUCAAGACAUGUUUCCCACUGGAAAUUCAUCACUGGAAUCAUAUGUCAAUAGUAAAACUAGAAAUAUCGCCCUGUGGUUGUAUGUACGCUUCCAUGAACCCGUCAUGUUGCAGUUAUUGUUUAUAUCCAUGUCUGAAAACAUGCAGCAGCACAGAAGAUCUACACAAUCAGCAGUUUCAAAUUGGACACCCAAGAUUAGUGUCACCAAUUAAGUGUCGCAGAACAGUGUGAUGUCACAGUCAAGUUGAACUUUGACCUUUUGGAUACAAAAUGUCAUCACUUCAUUAUUUUAUCCUGUAAGACAUUUGUGUAAGACUGCCAUAAUGAGCAUAUGAAUUCUAAAGUGACGGCCAAAAAUGUAUUUUGUGAGGUCACAGUGACCUUUGACCACUAACGUCUAAUAAGUUCAUUCUUGAUUCUAAGUUAACGUUUGUGCCAAAUGUACAUUUUGUCAUAAUUUGUUUAGGAAUUCUGAAGUUCACCUUCGACCACACUUCUCAUAUGCUCCAAGUGGACAUUUGUGGUAAAUUUGAAGACAUUUCCUGUGCUGAGAGAACUGUUCACAAGAAUGGGAUGAACAGAUGUAGAGGCAUAAAAACGUACAUUUUGGCAAAAAUACACGAUAGCUUUAACUGAAUUUCUUCAAAGUCUUCACUACAUACGAGUCUGGACAGACAUGGACAUAAACUGCAACUUGACUGGUUAGCAGAGGCAAACAACCACAGGUGGUGAUUCUAGUUUAGAUUUUGAAUGAACCACAUCUGUCAUUUAAGUGUACUUUAAACUAUUCCUUCAGAAAGGUAAAUGAAUCAAAGGAAAGAACGUGUCAGAAUUCUCAAAUGGAAUUUUAUUGUUGGUAUUUUCCAUCACAUACCUGCAGGGCUGCAAAGGGUCGAAACCAUAAAGUUAAGAGAAUGGUAGCACGCAGUUUACAAAUACUCUACAAUUCAUGUUCCUUCGACUUGUCACACACCAUCUGGCUGUGACCAACUACAGGUUAUUGCUCCUCUUUCCGAGAGCCCCUUACUCUGACACUGCUACCUAAAGGGCUGAGAACCGUUAAGCAAACAUUUCAUCUUCAGACUCAUCAUGUGAACAGCUAUCUGGAAGGCUAUGGAAGAAAGCGGCUUAAAUCAAGUCUCCCAGACAACGAUGACGUAAUUUUCUAACUAUUUAUGUUUUCUAGAGUUAGCCACUUAACAUGCCGUUACGUUUUGAAACAUCCCCUCUGAGUUGUGGCACACAGAGGCUAUUUCCCCCCAGGUAACGCCGGGAACACGGAACGAGAAAAUAAACAAAAUAAAAAUACAAAAAAAAAAGAAAAGAAAAAUAAA